AUUUGUGACGUUAUACGCAAUAGCUGUCAAGGUCAGCUAGCGCGAUGGCAGCAAAAUUCGGGAUUGUAUUACGGUCGUUGCGGUAUCUUACCAAUAAAACUUUGUCAUGUCGUCUGAUUUGCACGAGUUCAUCCCUGAGAUGCGAGGACCGUCCUCAGUUCCCAGGGUCAAAAUCAAAAUUCACCUACAAAUUGUCAUUUUUGGACCCAGAUAAAGAGGAAGGUAUUCCUGUAUAUAGAGUAAUGAACAGUCAAGGAGAAAUGAUUCCAGAAAGUGAGGAUCCAAAGAUUGACAAACAGACUGUUCUGAAGAUGUACCAUGAUAUGACUCUGCUGAACUCCAUGGAUAAAAUCUUAUACGAGUCCCAGAGACAGGGGAGAAUCUCUUUUUAUAUGACAAACUUUGGGGAGGAGGCCACUCACAUAGGUUCAGCAUCAGCUCUACAUCCAGAGGAUCUGGUGUUUGGACAGUACAGAGAAGCAGGGGUCCUGAUGUGGAGGGGAUUUACUUUAGACCAGUUUAUUAAUCAGUGCUAUGGUAACACGGAUGAUGCCGGUAAGGGACGACAGAUGCCGGUCCAUUACGGAUCUCGAGACCUCCAUUUUGUUACCAUCUCUUCUACCCUGGCCACUCAGAUGCCUCAAGCAUCUGGUGCAGCCUAUGCCUAUAAGCGAGCCCAGAAUGGUAAGUGUGUCGUCUGUUACUUUGGGGAGGGAGCUGCCUCAGAGGGUGAUGCCCACGCGGCCUUUAACUUUGCGGCCACUCUUAACUGUCCAGUUAUAUUCUUCUGCAGAAACAAUGGAUAUGCUAUAUCAACCCCUACCUCGGACCAGUACAGGGGAGAUGGCAUAGCAUCUAGGGGUAGUGGUUAUGGGAUGAUGACAAUACGAGUAGAUGGUAAUGAUGUGUUUGCUGUACACAAUGUCACCAAGGAAGCCAGAGAAAUAUGUGUCACACAAAACAGACCUAUCCUUAUAGAGGCCAUGACAUACAGGAUAGGACAUCAUUCCACCUCGGAUGACAGCUCUAUGUAUCGAAAAAAAGGAGAGGUUGUAAAAUUUGAUACAAAUAAUCCGAUUGGUCGAUUACGGAGUUACAUGGUAAAACAAGGCUGGUGGGAUGAUGAGCAGGAAAACAAAUGGAAAGAAGAAUCAAAGAAAAAGGUGAUGGAAGCUUUUGCAAAAGCAGAGAAGAAAAAGAAACCAAGCCCAAAAGAAAUAUUUCAUGAUGUUUAUGAUGAAAUUCCACCACAUAUACAGAAACAAAUGGACUCUCUGAAAGAACAUGUGUCUAAAUAUGAGGACAAAUAUCCAAUCCAGUCCCACGAUGCGUGGUCCUGAGGGACAAGAUAUUAGUUAUUGUUACUCAUUAUUCCAGGAAUCUCAUCAAAUUUUUAUAAUUAUUGACAUCUUGUUUUGAUAUUGAAAGCUUGUAAAACAAAGGGAAAACCACAAAAGUUAUGGGUGAAUGUGAGAAAAAAGGACUGCAAUUAAUUGUUCGACAUAUAUGUCUCAUGGAGGGCAGAUGCUGGAAUCUGUUCAAAGCCAUAAAAAAGGAGCAAUUCAAUGUUCUGCUCAUAGUAUAUGUAAUUGUAUAUCAUAUCAAUGUUAACAAUCUUAACACAUAAAACGAACAAGUCAUACAUGUUUGAUGAAGUGAUGAAAUUUCUUUUAAAAAUAUACUUAUUUAAAUAUAUGCAAGGUACACAUAAUUUUUUUGUGUGAGUAUUAUAAUAUCAUAAAUGCAUUAAAGAGGGUUUUUCCUAUAACUAGAUAAUUUUUAAAUGAAAGUUAUAAAACUAGGAGUUGUGCACAAAGACUGUGUCAUGCAUGAAUCAUCUACCUCAGCUGAUAACAAUACUGCAUAUAGGCUAUCACUGAAUUAUGUUUGUACUGUAUUAUAAAACUGCUUGUAAAAUUAAUUUAAGACUGUACCAAGAAUUAGUGAUCAAAGAGCAACUGCUAUAAUCAUAUUUUGGAAUGUUGAUCUCUGAGCUUCCCUUACGAUAGAAAAUAAAUGACAGCUUUAGCAGUACUGUCUUAAGUGCAAGUCAAAAAAUACACAUACAUCAUUAAAUAUGAAACACUGUAAUAUAUAAUGUAUAUAUAUAUAUCAUGUUGUUGCUAUCAAUUUUGAAUUUCUUCUUGUGUAUAUUAUUCUUUACUUGUAUGCCCUGAAGGGCCCCAAAUUGGUAUCAAUAAAUCUUAUCUUAUCUUA